UAACCUCCAAGUGCAGCUGAGCCGAACGUCACAUCUUCGUGCAGUGAGUCCCGUUGUUACACCGAAUUCUGCGACCCACCGAAAAGUGUGACCCGAGGGGGCGCUGUUGAAUAAUGUGCAACUCGCGCUCCAGACAUCCACCAGCACGCAAUUUCCGGCGUGUGGGUUGAUGUUUCUGUCUGCAGCGGAAGUGCGUGUGGGUGGAUGUCUGCAGCCAGACCCCUCUCUCAUGUUGAGGAAACGAAACCUAAAGCACCCCGACGUGUAAACUGUUCUCUCUUUCAGGAGAUAAUAACACGCAUUAAAUAGUCCGACAGACAGAAACAACAACAAGGAAUGGCCUCUGCUAACACUUCCGGGUCGGAAGAGAACUUUUCAUGUUCUAUCUGUCUAGAUGUGUUCAACAGUCCAGUUACCACACCAUGUGGACACAACUUCUGCAGAACCUGUAUUACAAAGUACUGGGAUGAACAAGUCAAGUUCAAAUGUCCUCUUUGCAACAUGGCUUUCAACACAAGACCUGAUUUACGGAUUAAUACCCUCUUAUCAGAGCUGGCCGCUCAGUUUCAAACAUCCAUACGAGUAAAAGAUCAGCUCUGUGUUAAACCUGGAGAAGUUCCCUGUGACGUCUGUACUGGGACCCAGCUGAAGGCCGUUAAGUCCUGCCUAGUGUGUUUUAUCUCUUACUGCCAAACCCACCUGGAGCCACAUCAGAGAGUCGCAGGCCUGAAGAAGCAUCGGCUGGUCGAGCCUAUGGACCGUCUGGAAGACAGGAUGUGUAAGAAACACAAUCAACCUCUGGAGCUCUUCUGCCAGACUGAACAGGUGUGUGUGUGUCAGUUCUGCACAGAGACAGACCACAAGUCCCAUCCUGUUGUACCUCUAAAGGAGGAAUAUGAAGUGAAGAUGGCCCAGCUGGGGAAGAUAGAGGCUGAAGUCCAGCAGAUGAUCCGGAAGAGACUAAAAAAUAUUCAGGUGAUUAAACACACAGUUUACCGCAGCAAAGCAGAUGCAGACAGAGAGAUAGCACAUGGUGUGCACGUCCUCACUGCUCUGAAGCGCUGCAUUGAAAAGUGCCAGGAUGACCUCAACCAAAUGGUUAAAGAGAAACUGAAAUCCACUGAGAAACAAGCUGAAGACCUCAUCAAAGAGCUGGAGCAGGAAAAAGAAGAUCUGACCAAUAGAAACUCAGAGGUGAAGCAGCUCUCACACACUGAAGACCACCUCCACUUCCUCCAGGCCUUCAGAUCCCUGAAGGAUCCUCCACCCACCAGGGACUGGACCACGGUGGAGGUCCGUCCUCCGUCAUACGUAGGGACCUUGAGGAGAUCCCUGGAUCAGCUGGAGGAGACACUGAACAUGGAGAUGAAGAAGCUGCGUGAUGAUGCUGAACUGAAGAGGGUCCAGCAGUAUGAAGUAGAUGUGACUCUGGAUCCCGAUACAGCUCAUCCCUGUCUCAUCCUCUCUGAGGAUUGGAAACAAGUACAUGAUGGAGAUGUAGCGAAGGAACUCCCAGACAACCCUAAGAGAUUUACACAGGUUCUAUGUGUUCUCACGAUGCAGAGCUUCUCCUCAGGGAGAUUUUACUUUGAGGUCCAGGUUAAAGACAAGAAUGGAUGGUGUGUAGGAGUGGCCAGAGAGCCCAUCAACAGAAAAGAUCGGUUCAUAGUGACCCCUGAGACAGGUUACUGGACGCUCUUCUCCUACAAGGAUGUGUUUGUAUUUAAUGAUAACCCUUCUGUCCGUCUCCCUCUGAGAGCUGAGCUCCAGAAGGUGGGGGUGUUUGUUGAUUAUGAUGAGGGUCUGGUCUCCUUCUAUGAUGUGGAAGCCAGGGUUCAUAUCUACUCUGCUACUGGCUGCAGCUUCACUGGGCCUCUCUAUCCAUUCCUCGGUCCAGGUAACUAUGAUUAUGAAGGUAAAAACUCUGCCCCCCUGAUCAUCUCAACUGUCAAUCAAACAGGCUUGAAACGUUUGUGUCUAGGAAUGGCCUCUGCUGACACUUCCGGGUCUGAAAGGCACUUUUCAUGUUCCAUCUGUCUGGAUGUGUUCACCAGCCCAGUUACAAUACCAUGUGGACACAACUUCUGCAGAACCUGUAUUACAAAGUACUGGGAUGAACAAGUCCAUUUCAAAUGUCCUCUUUGCAACAUGGCUUUCAACACAAGACCUGAUUUACGGAUUAAUACCCUCUUAUCUGAGCUGGCCGCUCAGUUUCAAACAUCCAUACGAGUAAAAGAUCAGCUCUGUGUUAAACCCGGAGAAGUUCCCUGUGACGUCUGUACUGGGACCCAGCUGAAGGCCGUGAAGUCCUGCCUAGUGUGUCUUAUCUCUUACUGCCAAACCCACCUGGAGCCACAUCAAAGAUUCAAAGUUCUUAAGAAACAUCGGCUGGUCGAGCCUAUGGACCGUCUUGAAGACAGGAUGUGUAAGAAACACGACCGACUUCUGGAGCUCUUCUGCCAGACUGAACAGGUGUGUGUGUGUCAGUCCUGCACAGAGACAGACCACAAGACCCAUCCUGUUGUACCUCUAAAGGAGGAAUAUGAGGUGAAGAUGGCCCAGCUGGGGAAGAUAGAGGCAGAAGUCCAGCAGAUGAUCCAGGAGAGAAUAAAUAAUAUUCAGGAGAUUAAAGACACAAUUAACCGCAGCAGAGCAGACGCAGACAGAGAGAUAGCCGAUGGUGUGCAGGUCCUCACUGCUCUGAUGCGCUGCAUUGAAAAGUGCCAGGAUGAUCUCAACCGAAAGGUUAAAGAGAGACAGAAAUCCACUGAGAAACAAGCUGAAGACCUCAUCAAAGAGCUGGAGCAGGAAAUAGAAGAUCUGACCAACUCAGAGAUGAAGCAGCUCUCACACAUUGAAGACCACCUCCACUUCCUCCAGACCUUCAGAUCCCUGAAGGAUCCUCCACCCCCCAGGGACUGGACCACGGUGGAGGUCCAUCCUCCGUCAUACAUAGGGACCUUGAGGAGAUCCCUGGAUCAGCUGGAGGAGACACUGAACAUGGAGAUGGAGAAGCUGUGUGAUGCUGAACUGAAGAGGGUCCAACAGUAUGAAGUAGAUGUGACUCUGGAUCCUGAUACAGCUCAUCCCCAGCUCAUCCUGUCUGAGGAUGGGAAACAAGUACAUGAUGGAGAUGUAUGGAAGGAACUCCCAGACAACCCUAAGAGAUUUACACAGUGUGCAUUUGUACUCACGAGGCAGAGCUUCUCCUCAGGGAGAUUUUACUUUGAGGUCCAGGUUAAAGACAAGACUGCGUGGUGGUUAGGAGUGGCCAGAGAGUCCAUAGAAAGAAAAUAUCUGACCAUAGUGACACCUGAGAAUGGUUACUGGGCUCUCUACUCCUACAAGGAUAGGUUGUUAUUUAGAGAUAACCCUGCUGUCCGUCUCCCUCUGAGAGCUGAGCUCCAGAAGGUGGGGGUGUUUGUUGAUUAUGAUGAUGGUCUGCUCUCCUUCUAUGAUGUGGAAGCCAGGGUUCAUAUCUACUCUGCUACUGGCUGCACCUUUACUGAGCCUCUCUAUCCAUUCCUCGAUCCAUGUCCCUGUGAUCAUGGAGGUAACAACUCUGCCCCCCUGAUCAUCUCACCUGUCAAUCAAACAGACCUUUGUGUGAUAAUCAAAUAAUCAAAUGACCAAAACAACUAACGUUGUUUCAUGAAUUAGAAUCUCUGCCAUGUGAGAUCUGAGAGAACUGUAUUCAUAUCUUACUGCUGUCAUAGAACAAGGAGUAAUUCAGUAGGAAGUGAACCCUGACUUAUAAAUGAUAACCCAUUCUAAAUUAUUAGAUAACAUUGUAUUCUUCAUUGUCUGUUUUCUCCAGUCUUUUAAGGUUUACUGCUAUACAAUAAUUAAUGGUUGCAGUCAUGUAUAGCGUGGUUUCAGGAUUGAUGUGCAUUUCCUAAUCAUCGAAACAUUAUUGUUAGAUUAUACUUCGGGAUCAUGAAUGACAACAUAAUCAAAUGUUAAAAUACUUUUCUGAUGUUAAUA